AUGGGAUCUCCUCUAUCCCCGGUCCUUGCUGAUUUGUUCAUGGAAGAGUUUGAACUGGAUACCAUCGAGAACGCUGAUCUUCGCCCCAACCUCUGGCUCCGCUAUGUUGAUGACACCUUCGUGGUUUGGCCCCACGGAAAGACAGCACUACACCAGUUCCUGCAACACCUCAACUCUCAGCAUCCACUCAUCAAAUUCACCAUGGAGCAAGAAGAAAACAAGACCAUCUCUUUCCUCGAUGUCCAAGUCACCAGAAGAGAAGAUGGGACCCUUGCUCACACUGUACAUCGCAAGCCCACACACACCGACCGAUAUCUACACAGCUCUUUAUUCCACCAUCCUCGCUUCAAGUCUGCUGUCCAAAACACUUUGGUCCGCAGUGCGUUCAACACAUGCGACCAAGACACCUUGAAGCAGGAACUUCGCCACAUCAAGACAUCACUACAACUCAACGGAUACAAGUCUUUUAACUUCAGCCAGCCCAAACCAAGCCUCUCACCUGAAGACAGACCAGAAUUCAAGGCAACCGUCACCAUCCCUUACAUCGGCCACGCAACACACCAACUUCAACGCAUCUUCAGCCAAGUGCAAGUCAAGACCUUCCAGACAGCACCCAACAAGAUACAAGCAUCUCUUCAAACACACAAGGACAAACAAGACACCCAAGGCAAAGCCCGGCGUUGA